UAAACGAUUCUUCUUCUUCGUCUUUCUAUGUAAAUUGUCAUUUACUCCUUCUCUACACUUUAGGUGAUGACAGUGUAAUGUCUUAUGCUCAUCUUCAUCAUCAUCGUCGGAGACAUUCCUCUUCACGUCUAUGGAUUUUAAUGCCGGAGUUCCUAUGUCCUCUCUUUCACCUUUGAUGAUCACUCAAGAGGCAAUGUGGCAAAUGAAUUUGAGUUCAGAUGAAACAAUGGAAACCGGUUCUUACCCUGAACGACCAGGAGAGCCUGAUUGUUCUUAUUACAUCAGAACUGGUCUCUGUAGAUUCGGCUCAACUUGUCGGUUCAAUCACCCUCGUGAUCGGGAACUGGUUAUAACUUCUGCUAGGAUGAGAGGAGAAUACCCUGAAAGGAUUGGUCAGCCUGAAUGCGAGUACUAUUUAAAGACAGGAACAUGCAAAUUUGGAGUAACAUGCAAGUUUCAUCACCCUAGGAACAAAGCUGGCAUUGCUGGAAGAGUCUCACUCAAUAUGUUAGGCUAUCCUCUACGUUCUAAUGAGGUUGAUUGUGCUUAUUUUCUAAGGACCGGACACUGUAAAUUUGGCGCCACUUGUAAAUUCAACCAUCCUCAGCCUCAACCAACAACAACCAACCUCAUGGUUCCUCCUACUUCAGGCCAACAACAGUCUUACCCUUGGUCAAGAGCCUCUUUUAUCGCCAGCCCUCGAUGGCAAGAUCCCUCUGGCUUCACCCCAUUGCUUAUGCCUCAGGGAGUUGUACCAGUUCAAGGAUGGAACCCUUACAGCGGUCAGCUCGGCUCUCCUUCAGGUACUGGAAACGAUCACAGCAGCUACAGAAACAUGCAGCAGCAAAAUGAGUCAGGCUCCUCUGUUCAGAUUGGAGGGAUCUAUGCAUUGCCGAGGGAGAGUGUUUUCCCGGAGAGACCAGGACAACCUGAAUGCCAAUUCUACAUGAAGACAGGAGACUGCAAGUUUGGCACAGUUUGCAAGUUUCAUCACCCUAGAGAUAGACAACCUCCUCCUCCUGAUUGUCUCUUAAGUCCCAUUGGCCUCCCUUUACGCCCUGGAGAACCGGUGUGUGUGUUCUACAGUCGCUAUGGAAUAUGCAAAUUUGGCCCAAGCUGUAAAUUUAAUCACCCAAUGGGAGUAUUCGCAUACGACAACACAGCUUCAGAGACAGAUGAGGUUGUGGAACCGUCAGGUGGACAUUCCAGAAGAGUCUCAGUGUCUGAAACAAGACAAGCAACAAUAACUCAAGACACUACCACUGAUACACAUGAGCAGCAGUGAGUGAAGAAACAAAAGAAGAAGAAAGCUAAACAAGCUUUGAUUUUUCAAAGAGAAAUCUGUAAAUUCUCGUUUUUUUCCCAUUUUAAUCGGAAGUAUUUACAUUAAUAAUGUAUAGAUGAGGUGAUUAUUAUACAAAUGAUCUUUGAUCUGAUCGCCAUUGUUGUAAUAUUCUUUUGGCGAAUCAGGUGAAUCUCCUUUCUCACUACCGGUUCAACUUUUAUUAUUUAUACAUUGUUUCUUCAAAGUU